UUGUACUGUUCUGCAUUGUGGGGAGCAUAUUAUUGCUCAAAUAUUGCCCAAAUCGAGCAGCCAGAAUGACUUCCAUUACCAUGGCAAAUAGCCCAGAAAUGCUCAACGAUUCGAAAAAGAUCCCUUUUGAGGAGACUAUGGAAGAUAAGAACGAAUCCCUCCCAACGACAGACUUACCAGAAGUAUCAGCCAGAGCAAACAACGGAAAAGACAACUUAGGAAAGGACCAAGAUGAACUACAGGUCGAUGAAGACAAUGAAGCUCUAGCAAAGGAGGAAGAUGCUCACGGACUUGCUCGAAAAACAUAUUUUUCCAGAUACCGCGGUUACAACCACAAGCUUGAUGAGCGACGUGAAAAGGCUGAUAUGCGAUUACAGCAAUCAAAAGCCUACGCUGAUUUGAUUGAGCAUCGAAUUAUAGAUAUCGAGGAGAAACUCGGCAGAAUUCUUGACGAACCGACCAAGCAUGCUAAGUUAAAAGAAGGCUUAGCUCCCCCAUCCAAUAAAGUAGAGAUAAAGAAGUUGAGCUGGCCUGAAUUCGGCAAAACUGCAGACGUUGAUCCAAAAUCAUCGUCAUCAUCAUGGAGGCACAGACCAGAACUAGACUCAAAAUCGAGAUAUGUAAUCGAGAUGCUAAUGGAAGAACCAGCUGUACAUGCUGUCCAUACAAAUACCAAAGCCCAGCAAGAUGGCCUACGCUGGAAAACGGGAUCAGCGCAGGAAGAUUCUGACCAGGUUGAGAGGUCUUCAAUUACGGUAAAGCACGACAGAUCUCGUGCUCCCCAUCGAAUUCGUAUCAGAUCUCGCGUUCUUAUCAAGCUACUCAAAGAUAUCACCGGACUCAGUACGGUCGUCGGACCGCAUGAACACAUCCUAGUUUUCAUGAAGCCAUUCAAACUUUUGAUUACUCAUGCUAAGAGUAUACGGACUCGCCUCGACGAGUUAGAAAGAAAGUUACUUGGACCUACUGGGCAGAAUGUACCUAACGGGGAGCCGGACACGACGGAAUUACAAUUACACUCUGCAGCCCGAGAGAUAGAGGCGGACGAAGCUCGAAACCACCUAGAACUUCUCUGUAAAAUGCUAGACCUCCAUUUGCAACCGAAAAUAGAUGCACUUCAGAUCAAGAACAAAUCAAGCACAGUCUUCUUCGAUGAUCUCUGGCACAUAUUUAAGACAGGAGGAGAGGUGCUGGAUACGAGCACUAACCAAAUGCAAUUGUAUCGAAUCAUUAAAGUGACAGGUGGUCGCGAAGUUUUGUCGCCACAGCUAACUGGGCCAUCUAAUCCCGCGUCCGAGAAACUAAAGGACAAGGGCUUCUCCAGCGGGUCAUUCAUCUUAGAAUGUUUCUAUGUCGGCUUCGACGGUGUCCAAUACGGUCCUGUGAAUGAAACGUUUCAGAUUCGCAGAUUCGAUGGGGCCAGGGACAUCACCUCGCUCCCAGUUGCACCGCUUGAGUAUAUGGCCGAGGACGAAGAAGAGAGGCGCAAUAAACUACUUGAGAGGGGCAGGAAGUUCGCAGAACUUUGUAACCCGUCCAAGACCGCACAUAAGCAGUAUACUGGCCUCACUCUUGAUAAGCGCCAGGAACAGGUUGAAUCUGAGGUAAUCAUCGACUUCCAGCUCGCUUUUAUAGAACAACCCGAAAACAAACCGAAAAUUGGGGUCGACAACUUGAUCGAUGAUGAUCCUCGGGAACUACUCGAUAAUUGGCUGCAUUGCAAAGUGUGCGGCAAUGCAGGAUGUUGUGGCAACGAUAUCAUAUACAACGAUUUUGAAAUAGACCAGAAUGAUCGAGAGCACUUCAAAAAGCAGCGCAAUCCAGCUCUUGAGAUGGUUGGAUACGAUACGGCGUUGACUACUGAUCAGAUGGUUCUACUACCACCGAAGGUAUUCGGGUUUGUGCUCCGAACACGCAGAUGGGCGACUUUCGACAUCAACCUAAUUGAGGACGUCCACUAUACAGACGGUUGGGAGAACCUCGUCAUUGAUCCAACUAUGAAGAAUACUGUCCUCGCAUUGGUCGAGAAUCAUCAGAAGUCAAACACUCUGGGUGCCCCAUCUACGGAUGGCGCUCUCUCUGGAGUAGACUUAGUUCAAGGCAAAGGCAAGGGUUUGAUCAUUCUUCUCCACGGGGAACCGGGUGUAGGCAAGACAAGCACCGCAGAGUGUGUUGCUGACCACACUCAACGACCUCUAUUCCCUGUGACGUGCGGCGACAUAGGUGACGAUGCAUUGAAGGUGGAGACAAACCUUGAGCGAAACUUCCAACUGGCUCACAAAUGGGGUUGUGUCCUUCUAUUAGAUGAGGCUGAUAUAUUCCUCGCAAGGAGAACUGCUAAUACGGACAUCGCUCGCAAUGCUAUUGUCUCAGUUUUUCUUCGCAGUCUCGAGUAUUACAGUGGGAUACUCUUCCUUACGACGAAUCGGGUCGGCACAAUCGACAGGGCCUUCAAGUCUCGCAUACACCUUGCACUCCUUUAUCCGAGAUUAGAUAAAGACAGUACGCUGAAAAUCUGGAGGAACAACCUCAACGGUCUAAACAAAGGCUUCGAGGGAAAAUCGGGGGGUCUUCGGCUCCAGGAGAAAGAGAUUCUGGAGUAUGCGGCGAAGCACUACAAGCACCUGACGAAACAAGACAUGCUCCCAUGGAAUGGAAGGCAAAUACGCAACGCCUUCCAAACAGCAAUUGCCAUUGCCAAAUACGAGGCCAAAGAUUCAAACGAGCCUCCAACCCUGACCGUCAAGCAUUUCAGGAAAGUCGCAAAGACAGCUAAAGAGUUCGACCAGUAUCUCAUGGAGCUCAGCCAGGACAAAGACGACAACCAGAUAGCUAUGGAUCAAGAACUAAGAGUAAAUAAAUGGGCUAGUUCGAAGAGUUCGUCUAAUCAUUCGUCUCGAAUGAAUGGCAGUAGUAAGGGCAAGAGAGCGGCUAGGGAUGUAGAGUCUGAGUCGAGUAGUUCAGACUUGGACUCCUCUGACGAUAAUACCGAGAGCGAUCAUAACGAUAUUAAAAAUGAACGAAAAUCGAAGAAGAGGAGGAAGAGGUAGCUAGCUCAGGACGCCGAUAGAUAGCUUCGUCUUGGAUUCUUGUUAACAGUACUCACAUAGACACUCAACAAACCAACAUCUACCUCCAUGUCUGUCAACGAUAGCCAUAUUGCUACCUAUGCAUGGAAAUGAUACGU